GUCCUUUGACACUGAUUCUCUCUCUUUGUUCUUGUCCUUCUUAAGCUUGCCUAAGCAAUCGAAUAACAUCUUGUUUUACCCAUAAAAAAAUAUUCGCCAACUUGCAGAACCCCAUCACCUCUCUCCUUGGGUCCUCCUGCUUAUAAGGGGCAGCUUUGCCAAUCUCUUAUCAUACUAUCCCUUGACUUUAAGUCUUCUUCCUUGACUGAAGUUGUCUCUGCUUGCUUUCACUCUUAGUUUUUUUCCCUUUUGUGGGGUAUUCUUGCUUUAAAACUUCCCAACUCAAGACACAUUCCCCUUCUCACUAUCAAUUACUUUUUGCACAUAACUCAGUUAAGCUGUGGUAUAGUCAUAUAGUGCCAUCUCCUGCUUAACAUUCCUAUUUCAACCUUAAGAGACAUGGCCUCAAGCUCCCUCAACUCCUCCUGGACAACUAAACAGAACAAGCUUUUUGAAAAGGCACUGGCUGUUUACGACAAGGAUACCCCAGACCGCUGGCAAAAUGUGGCCAAGGCUGUGGGUGGCAAAUCUACUGAAGAAGUAAAAAGGCACUAUGAUCGUCUUGUUAAAGAUCUCAUGUAUAUAGAAUCUGGUCAAGUCCCACUACCCAAUUACAAAGCCACUAGCAGCAACAGUGGAGGAAUUGGUGAUACACAAAGGAUUAUGAAGAAUUUAAGAAUCUAAUAUGCAAGCAUGAGGGAGAGGGUCGUCAAUAUACUACUACAAGCCCCC